UCUCGUGGCUCCAGAGGAAUAAACUCCACAAUUCAGUGCUGAAGUUGGGGACUCUUUUUGGCCAAAAAAUAUAUAAAGAAGAAAUAGAAAAGGGGGCACUGCCGUUAACGCACACGCAACCGAAGCCAUAAAGGGGCUAAACAUAUAAAUUUGUGUAGUAAAAGUGAAGAAAGCGAAAGAAUCAAAGUGGAAUAAUAGCGAGUGUUUUUCGGUUUGUGUGUUUGAGUGUGUGCUUUAGUGUGUCUGUUGCUGUUGCUGUGUUGCCAAUGAAAAUGCAAAUUGUUGGUAACAAAUAUUGGUAAAAUGCGGAGGAGGCCCCAGGAAUUUGUGCAAUGCGAGUGCGAAACCAUGCAGCUAAAAACCCGCCAUACCCCCAUAUCGAAUCAAUAAUAAUACAAUAACCGAAAAGGUAUUACACGGAUAAUGGCGGCAUAAACCAGUUAAUAUCCCUCAGUGUUUCCGUUCCAACUAUCGAAAUCCCCAGCCCCAUCCCAAAAAUCCCAAUGAUCAGCGGUUGAUUGGGGGGCAUUAAAGACCAAGAGAGAUUCCAGGAUCAGGAUGUCGCAGCCGCGCGGAGGGCGUGGCGGUGGGCGUGGCGGCGGUGCUGGGGGCGCCGGCGUGGGCCGCAAAACCCCCUCCUCCCUGACCGGUCCGCCGGAUGACUCGGCCACGCCCAGCGAACGGGCCACGCCCGCCAGCAAGGCCGACUCCGAUCCCAAGGACGACAGCUCGAGCAACGGCGACAAGAAGGACAUGGAUCUCUUUCCCGCCCCAAAGCCCCCGAGUGCCGGCGCCUCCAUCCGGGAUACGGCGAACAAGGUCCUCGGCCUGGCCAUGAAAAGCGAGUGGACGCCCAUCGAGGCGGAGCUCAAGAAGCUGGAGAAGUAUGUGGCCAAUGUGGGCGAGGACGGGAAUCACAUACCCCUGGCCGGAGUCCACGAUAUGAAUACCGGCAUGACGCCUUUGAUGUACGCCACGAAGGACAAUAAGACGGCCAUAAUGGAUCGCAUGAUUGAGCUGGGCGCCGAUGUGGGAGCCCGUAAUAAUGAUAAUUAUAAUGUGCUACACAUUGCGGCAAUGUAUUCGCGUGAGGAUGUCGUCAAAUUGUUGCUAACAAAACGCGGCGUCGAUCCCUUCUCCACCGGUGGCUCGCGUUCUCAAACUGCGGUGCAUUUGGUGUCGAGUCGGCAAACCGGAACUGCAACCAAUAUCCUGCGCGCUCUUCUCGCGGCUGCUGGCAAGGAUAUUCGCUUGAAAGCGGACGGCCGUGGCAAAAUACCAUUGCUCCUGGCCGUCGAGUCGGGAAACCAGUCCAUGUGCAGGGAGCUCCUGGCGGCACAAACGGCGGACCAACUAAAGGCAACGACGGCCAAUGGAGACACGGCCUUGCAUUUGGCCGCCAGACGGCGGGACGUGGACAUGGUCCGCAUCCUGGUCGACUACGGAACGAAUGUGGACACGCAGAAUGGGGAGGGCCAGACGCCGCUGCACAUUGCGGCAGCCGAAGGUGAUGAGGCCCUACUCAAGUACUUCUAUGGCGUGCGCGCCUCAGCGUCCAUUGCGGACAAUCAAGAUCGCACUCCGAUGCACUUGGCCGCCGAGAAUGGGCACGCGCACGUCAUCGAGAUACUGGCCGACAAGUUCAAGGCGAGCAUCUUCGAGCGCACCAAGGAUGGCAGCACCCUGAUGCACAUUGCGUCACUCAACGGCCAUGCUGAGUGCGCCACGAUGCUCUUCAAGAAGGGCGUCUACCUCCACAUGCCCAAUAAGGAUGGAGCCCGGAGUAUCCACACCGCCGCCGCCUAUGGCCACACGGGGAUCAUCAACACGCUGCUGCAGAAGGGCGAGAAAGUGGAUGUGACCACCAAUGACAACUAUACAGCUCUUCAUAUAGCCGUGGAAUCGGCCAAGCCCGCCGUUGUAGAAACCCUAUUGGGAUUUGGGGCAGAUGUCCAUGUGCGAGGAGGAAAGCUACGUGAGACACCUUUGCACAUUGCAGCGCGGGUAAAGGAUGGUGAUCGGUGUGCCCUCAUGUUGCUAAAGUCUGGAGCUAGUCCCAACUUGACCACGGAUGAUUGUCUGACCCCCGUCCAUGUUGCUGCCCGUCAUGGCAAUCUGGCCACCUUGAUGCAGCUGCUCGAGGACGAAGGUGACCCGCUGUACAAGUCGAAUACUGGAGAGACACCGCUUCACAUGGCCUGUCGAGCUUGCCAUCCGGACAUUGUACGUCACUUGAUCGAAACUGUUAAGGAAAAGCACGGUCCGGAUAAGGCCACCACCUAUAUAAACUCGGUGAACGAGGAUGGCGCCACGGCGUUGCAUUACACCUGCCAAAUCACCAAGGAGGAGGUGAAAAUACCCGAAUCCGACAAGCAGAUUGUUCGCAUGCUCCUCGAAAAUGGAGCGGAUGUCACAUUGCAAACGAAGACUGCCUUGGAGACGGCGUUCCAUUAUUGCGCCGUGGCUGGAAACAAUGAUGUGCUGAUGGAGAUGAUCUCGCACAUGAAUCCCACGGACAUCCAGAAGGCCAUGAACCGGCAAUCCUCGGUGGGUUGGACACCCUUGCUGAUCGCCUGCCAUCGGGGGCACAUGGAGCUGGUGAAUAACCUCCUGGCGAAUCACGCUCGAGUGGAUGUCUUCGAUACGGAAGGACGAUCUGCCCUGCAUUUGGCCGCCGAACGAGGAUACCUUCAUGUCUGCGAUGCCCUGCUGACCAACAAGGCUUUCAUAAAUUCCAAGUCACGCGUGGGACGAACAGCCCUUCAUUUGGCGGCCAUGAAUGGGUUUACGCAUCUGGUGAAAUUCCUGAUUAAGGAUCACAAUGCGGUAAUCGAUAUCCUGACGCUGAAAAAGCAAACGCCGCUGCAUCUGGCGGCGGCCAGCGGGCAGAUGGAGGUCUGCCAGCUGCUCCUCGAGCUGGGCGCCAAUAUCGAUGCGACGGACGAUCUGGGCCAGAAGCCCAUUCACGUCGCCGCCCAGAACAACUACUCUGAAGUGGCCAAACUCUUCCUGCAGCAGCAUCCCUCCCUGGUGAAUGCCACCAGCAAGGAUGGCAACACCUGUGCCCAUAUUGCCGCCAUGCAGGGAUCCGUCAAGGUGAUCGAGGAGCUGAUGAAGUUCGAUCGAUCGGGUGUGAUUUCGGCGCGUAACAAACUCACGGAUGCCACGCCCCUUCAGCUGGCCGCCGAGGGCGGACAUGCGGAUGUGGUCAAGGCUCUGGUGAGAGCUGGAGCCUCCUGCACUGAGGAAAAUAAGGCGGGCUUCACCGCCGUCCAUUUGGCGGCACAAAAUGGUCAUGGGCAGGUCUUGGAUGUGCUGAAGAGCACUAACUCCCUGCGGAUCAAUAGUAAAAAGCUGGGCUUGACGCCACUUCAUGUGGCUGCCUACUACGGACAGGCGGAUACCGUGCGGGAACUGCUGACCAGUGUUCCCGCCACCGUUAAAUCGGAAACGCCAACGGGACAGAGUCUAUUCGGGGAUCUGGGCACGGAAUCGGGGAUGACACCACUCCAUUUGGCGGCCUUUUCUGGGAACGAGAACGUGGUGCGACUGCUCCUCAACUCGGCGGGUGUUCAAGUGGAUGCGGCGACCAUCGAAAACGGCUACAAUCCACUCCAUUUGGCAUGCUUCGGCGGACACAUGUCAGUGGUCGGUUUGCUCCUGAGUCGGUCGGCGGAACUCCUCCAAUCGCAGGAUCGUAACGGCAGGACGGGCCUGCACAUCGCCGCCAUGCAUGGCCACAUCCAGAUGGUGGAGAUUCUGCUCGGCCAGGGCGCGGAGAUCAACGCAACCGAUCGGAACGGUUGGACGCCACUGCAUUGUGCUGCCAAAGCUGGCCACUUGGAGGUGGUGAAGCUGCUGUGCGAGGCGGGUGCCUCUCCGAAGUCGGAGACCAACUACGGUUGUGCCGCCAUUUGGUUCGCCGCCUCCGAGGGACACAACGAGGUCCUUCGCUACCUGAUGAACAAGGAGCACGACACCUACGGCCUGAUGGAGGACAAGCGAUUCGUCUACAACCUGAUGGUGGUGUCCAAGAACCACAACAACAAGCCCAUCCAGGAGUUUGUUCUGGUAUCCCCAGCCCCAGUGGAUACGGCUGCCAAGCUAUCCAACAUCUAUAUAGUACUCUCCACGAAGGAAAAAGAGCGCGCCAAGGAUCUGGUGGCUGCUGGCAAGCAGUGCGAGGCCAUGGCCACAGAGCUUUUGGCCCUGGCAGCUGGCUCCGAUUCCGCGGGAAAGAUCCUUCAGGCCACCGACAAGCGGAACAUGGAGUUUCUCGACGUCCUCAUCGAAAACGAGCAGAAGGAAGUGAUUGCACACACGGUGGUCCAGCGAUACUUGCAAGAACUCUGGCAUGGCUCACUGACGUGGGCCUCUUGGAAGAUCCUUCUACUCCUCGUGGCCUUCAUAGUCUGCCCACCGGUGUGGAUCGGCUUCACCUUCCCGAUGGGCCACAAGUUCAACAAGGUGCCCAUCAUCAAGUUCAUGUCGUACCUUACCUCGCACAUUUACCUCAUGAUUCACCUGAGUAUUGUGGGCAUAACGCCCAUUUACCCGGUGCUCCGAUUGAGCCUAGUGCCCUACUGGUACGAGGUGGGUCUACUGAUCUGGCUGAGUGGCCUGCUGCUGUUCGAGCUGACGAAUCCAUCGGAUAAGUCGGGAUUGGGAUCGAUAAAAGUGAUGGUACUGCUGCUGGGAAUGGCCGGCGUGGGUGUCCAUGUGUCGGCCUUCCUGUUCGUGUCCAAGGAGUAUUGGCCCACUUUGGUUUAUUGCCGAAAUCAGUGCUUCGCAUUGGCCUUCCUGCUGGCCUGCGUUCAGAUCCUGGACUUUUUGUCCUUCCACCACCUCUUCGGACCCUGGGCCAUCAUCAUUGGGGAUCUGCUAAAGGAUCUGGCCCGGUUUCUGGCCGUCUUGGCCAUCUUUGUGUUUGGCUUUUCCAUGCACAUCGUGGCCCUGAAUCAGAGUUUUGCAAACUUUUCUCCAGAGGAUCUUCGGAGCUUCGAGAAAAAGAACCGCAAUCGUGGCUAUUUCAGUGACGAUGACAUGCCCACCCCUCGCCCUCCGCCCGUGGAGAAUUAUGUCGAUAGUCGCUUCAGCGAAUUCCGACGAAAGCACAAGGACGACCUGCGCAUGCAUCCGAUAAACUCGUUCGAGUUGUUGUUCUUCGCCGUGUUCGGACAAACGACGACCGAGCAAACGCAAGUUGACAAAAUCAAAAAUGUAGCCACGCCCACUCAACCGUAUUGGGUUGAGUACCUGUUCAAAAUUGUCUUUGGCAUUUACAUGUUGGUGUCGGUGGUUGUGCUCAUUAACCUGCUGAUUGCUAUGAUGUCAGACACCUAUCAACGCAUCCAGGCCCAAUCCGACAUCGAGUGGAAAUUUGGCUUGUCCAAGCUUAUACGCAAUAUGCAUCGCACCACAACAGCGCCCUCGCCGCUUAAUUUAGUUACCACCUGGUUUAUGUGGAUCGUCGAGAAGGUCAAGGCACGCAUGAAGAAAAAGAAGCGUCCAAGUCUGGUUCAGAUGAUGGGAAUACGUCAGGCCAGUCCGCGAACCAAAGCCGGCGCCAAGUGGCUGUCGAAGAUCAAGAAAGACUCGGUGGCCCUUUCCCAGGUCCAUUUAUCACCCCUGGGAUCUCAGGCCAGCUUUUCGCAGGCCAAUCAGAAUCGCAUCGAGAACGUGGCCGAUUGGGAGGCGAUUGCCAAAAAGUACCGGGCUCUGGUUGGCGACGAGGAGGGUGGUUCCCUCAAGGACUCGGAUGCGGAGAGCGGAUCGCAGGAGGGCAGCGGAGGGCCUCAGCCACCGGCACAGGUGGGCAGACGAGCCAUCAAGGCCGCCCCGGCAAACACUACAAAAUAAACACACAGAAACGACACAGAAACAGAUACAGAUACACCCCUUUGGAUGGUUAAUUAACUACGUUUUGAUUGCAGGUCUAAGCUUCAACCUAUCUCUUCCAACUAUCCUUCCUGACUAUCUCUAUCUCUUCUCGACUAUCCAAGCGUCUGUCCUUCUGUACUCCUAAGAUCUAACCCUAAGAAACUAUCUAUCACUAAGUUGCACAUUUGGGAUUCUUUUCUCAGACUCCAGUUAACCUAAAAAUAACCUUCGGUUAACUGGAGUUUAAGAAAAAAAUCUCGAAGUUCUUAAGCUAAGCCUCCACUUCCUAAACUAAUUUUAGCUAGAAUAUUGAAAUUGUUUUGGGUAACUUUUGAAGCGCAACAGAUUAUUUAUUUUGAUAUGAUUUUGUGUCGGCGAUGUCUACGAUAAGCGAAACAACAAAACAAGUUUUCCAUGUUCGAGAUUUUUGAAAUAAGUAUGUUUACUCGUCCUUUUUGGACCGAUCGAAUACGUCCACUUUGCCUUACAUUUUUGAAGCGAACUCCUAGAAUUUUGUAAUAAGCUAAUAAUUCCGACGAUGACCGAUUGACCUUAGCGUUAAUUAUGAUUAUUCUAGCUCGUAAGAACCUAACUCUAGCUUCACUCGGGGCUCAAAGGCAACCGGUUUUAUAAUAAUAUCGCAUAAUCUCAUUGUUUUCGGGUAAUUGUCAAGUAACUACAUCCACUUUAUUUACUAAGCUUGAUUCAUUUUUUAUAAGAAAUGUAUGCCCUAAAAUUGUUAACUGUACUUGAAUGUAAAUAAAUAAGUCAUAUUUUAAAAAA